AUCCAGGGCUACAGAAAGCAGUUAGUGAAGAUGAAUCUGGUUUAGAGAUGGCUAAUGUGAAGACAUUUUAGCUGCUGUGUUCAGAACAAUAAGCUUUAAAAGGGUCUCAGUAGAGAGAGAGAGAGAGAGAGAGAGAGUGGAGCUGUACACACACACACACACACACACACACACACACACAGAGGAAUCCCACUCAUGUGCUGUUCCCUCACUAGCAGCUACUACUCCAAACCUCCUCAGCACACACAGCACAACGACUCCACACUCUGCAGUGUGUUUAUAUUAUAUAUACGUGUGUAUGUGUGUGUGUGUGUGUGUGUGUGUGGAGGCAACCUACAUCCGUGAGAACAUUUCUCGUUCUUUUCUGGUACUUUAUUAACCCUUUAAGGCUGAAAUGUGACGUUUUUGUGGCGUUUUUUCGCCAUUUUUUAACCGGCGUCUCCACUGCAGCUGCUUCUUGCUAAGUUGAAGCCGAGCAGCCGACAGCGUCUUCCCCAGGCUCAGUGUGUCUCCAGCAGGACAAUUCCCUCCUCUCCGGACUUCUCACCCUUCUCAACGUCUUCCUACGAGAUUCCUACACCGCUUAGCUGAACUUUACAGCAAAGAAACCGCUUCCUUCAUUCACCCUGAGGGUUUCUACAUACACAUUUCUACAGACAUUGGACUUUUUUGGGGGGGUUUCUUGUGGAAGUGAUGGCGGAGCAGCACGCGCGCCUGCUCCUCUUUCUUGCAGGUCUCAUCUCUCUGGUCUUCACUGCUUCUCCUGCACAUAAAGGUUCUGCAGUGAGGCCGUUCACUCUGCUGCGGUUCUCGGUGGAGCCGGUGGAUGUGUUAGCUGUACGUGGUUUGCCUGCUGUGUUGAACUGCUCGGUGGUGAGCGAGUAUCCGGUGAGGGUAGAGUGGAAGAAGGAUGGUACGUUCCUCAACCUGGCGGCAGACGAGCGCAGACGCCUCCUCCCAGACGGCUCUCUGUUCAUCAGCACCGUGGAGCACUCUGUUCACAACAAGCCAGACGAGGGCGUGUACCAGUGUGUGGCCUCCAUCGACAACCUGGGCACCAUCAUCAGCCGCGCCGCCCGAGUCACCGUGCCAGGUCUGCCGCAUUUCUCCAGCCAACCAGAGAGUGUGUCUGUACAUCCUGGGGGUAAUGAGGUGCUAAUCUGCGAGGUGAGUGCGGAUCUCUCUCCCUUCACGCACUGGCAGAGGAAUGGUCAGGCUGUAGAGACGGACAUGCGGCUGGUAACGCUGCCCCAUGCGGCUCUGGUGAUCAGCAACGCUUCACAGGCCGAUGCCGGUGUGUAUCGAUGCAUCAUAGAGGGACUGGGGCCAGCCAAGACGAGCCAAGAUGCUCAGCUAGAGCUUUUACCAGACUCUGCUGUUAAUGAGAGAAUGGAAGUCCUAAUGGGCCCGUCUGCUGUGUCCAAGCCAGUAGGAGAGAUGGUGCUUCUGCCAUGUGUGGUGAAGGGCUUCCCGCUCCCUGUCAUUCGCUGGAUGCGGAACAGCAAGAUCAUUGAUGAGAGUGAUGAAAGGUUUGCUGUGAUUGGUGGAGGCAGCCUGCAGAUUGUGAAUGUGACUGAGGACGAUGCUGGUACCUACACCUGCCAGGCAGACAACGGCAAUGAGACCAUCAAGAUCCAAGCAGAGCUUAACGUGCAAGUUCCCCCUCGGUUCCUAAAGAAACCCUCGAACAUGUACGCUCACGAGGCCAUGGAUAUCAUCUUUGAGUGCGAUGUCGUGGGCUCCCCAGCCCCCACGGUGAAGUGGGUGAAGAACGGAGACGCAGUCAUCCCCAGUGACUACUUUAAAAUAGUGAAUCAGCAUGAUUUGCAGGUGCUGGGAUUGGUGAAGUCUGAUGAGGGUUUUUAUCAGUGUGUGGCUGAGAAUGAGGUUGGCAACACCCAGGCCAGUGCCCAGCUCAUUAUCCUGGACCUGGACGUUGCCCUCCCCACGUCUCCUGUCCCCUCACUGACCAGUGCCACUACUGACCAUGUAGACUCCGGGGAGCGCUCAGGUUCCAUCCCGUCACCCCCUCGCGACCUCGUGGCUUCACUCGUCUCCACCCGCUUCAUCAAACUCACCUGGAGGCUUCCGGCCGAGCCGAAUGGAGACAACCUCACCUACUCUGUCUUCUACAGCCUCGAUGGCUCCAGCAGGGAGCGUGUUGAGAACACCACAGCUCCAGGAGAACUGCAGGUCACCAUAGAAAACCUCGUCCCCGACACUAAGUACACAUUCAGGGUGGUGGCGUCCAACAGAAACGGCCUGGGUGAAAGCUCUGCUCCCCUUACAGUGGCCACCCAGCCUGAAGUGCAGGUACCAGGACCUGCUCCCAACCUGCAGGCUGUGUCCGUCACACCCACUACGGUCAGUUUGACCUGGGAGAGACCACUCACAGGGAAUGGGGAGAUCCAGACCUACAAACUUUACUACAGCGAGAAAGGAAAGGACGUGGAACAGGACAUCGAUGUUGUAGGUUUGUCUUACACAAUGACGGGACUGAAGAAGUUCACAGAGUACAGUUUCAGAGUCGUGGCUUACAACAAGCAUGGACCUGGAGUGUCUACUGACGACCUGACCGUUCACACCCUUUCUGAUGUACCAAGCUCUGCGCCUCAGAAUAUCUCUCUCGAAGUCCAAAACUCGAGGAGCAUUAUGGUACGAUGGCAGCCUCCUCCUCCCGGCACCCAGAAUGGAGAGCUGACAGGUUAUAAGCUCCGCUACAGGAAAGCUGGGAGGAAAGGAGAUGCAGCUGAGAUUAUAACUAAUCAACUCUUUCAGCUUAUUGAUGGUUUGGAACGAGGAACCGAGUACUCAUUCCGGCUGUCGGCCAUCACGGUGAACGGCAGCGGCCCGGGGACCGAGUGGAUCCCCGCCGAGACCUUCGAGAACGAUUUGGAUGAGUCUCAGGUACCUGGAGUGCCCAGUUCACUGCAUGUGCGUCCGCUGGUGAAUAGCAUUGUGGUGAGUUGGACACCUCCAGAAAACCAGGACAUCGUGGUGAGAGGCUACAGCAUUGGUUAUGGUAUAGGCAGUCCUCACUCACAGACCAUUAAAGUGGACUACAAACAGCGUUACUACAGCAUUGAAAACCUGGACCCCAGCUCACACUAUGUGAUUACGCUGAAGGCCUUCAACAACAUGGGUGAGGGAAUACCUGUGUACGAGAGCGCCAUCACCAGGCCUCAAUCAGGUCCCAUAGAGCCAGAUAUUGAUUUAUUUAAAAUGUAUCAUCAUACCCCUUACACCCCAGCGCCCGAGCCUUCCCCCAUGCUUCCCCCAGUGGGCGUUCAGGCCUCCGUCAUCAGCCACGAUGCCAUCAAAGUCUCCUGGGCUGAUAACUCGCUGUCCAAGAACCAGAAGAUCACCGACUCCAGAUAUUACACAGUUCGCUGGAAGACCAACAUACCAGCCAACACCAAAUAUAAGGUUGCCAACACCACAACUCUAACAUACACAGUAACAAACCUGAAGCCCAACACGCUGUACGAGUUCUCAGUCAUGGUGACCAAGGGUCGGCGCAGCAGCACAUGGAGUAUGACUGCUCAUGGCACCACCUUGGAGACUCUUCCCACAUCCGCACCUAAAGACGUCACAGUGGUGAGUAAAGAAGGUCGUCCACGCACCAUCAACAUCAACUGGCAGCCACCAUCAGAGGCCAAUGGCAAAAUCACAGGCUACAUCAUUUACUACAGUACGGAUGUGAAUGCAGAGGUACAUGACUGGGUUGUAGAGCCGGUGAUGGGGAACAGACUGACCCACCAGAUCCAGGAGCUCACGCUAGACACCACAUAUUACUUUAAGAUCCAGGCACGCAACUCGAAAGGCAUGGGGCCGCUGUCUGACACGGUGCACUUCCGCACACCCAAAGCUGAGCCCUCUGACACAAUGUCAAGUGAUCAAGUAGGCUUUCAGGGGAAGCCAGGUGGACGUUCUCCCCUGCCAGAUCACGGAUUUGGAUCCUCCUUAGAUAAGCCAGGAAUCACAGGCAGUCAGGAGAAUCAUAUCCUGGUGAUCAUCAUCAUCGUUUCUGUCGGAGCGUUCACCAUCAUCACUGUGGUAGUGGGUGCCGUCCUGUGUACACGCCACUCCAACUCUCAUCAGAAAAAGAAGCGCGCUGCCACUAAGUCCAGUAAUGCGUCUCACAAGUAUAAAAGCACCUCUAAAGACCUGAAGCCUCCGGACUUGUGGAUCCAUCACGAGCGUCUGGAGAUGAAGUCUAUAGACAAAUCACCUGAGCCCAACGUGGUGAUGACAGAGACACCCAUUCCCCGCAGCACACAUGAGCCGUCCAGUAGCGAGGCUGCACACCAAAGACAAAACACGUACCGAGGUCACGAGGUUGAGGAGAGUGUGUCUACACUAGCAGGAAGAAGGGGAGUGAGACCCAAAAUAAUGAUGCCCUUCGACUCACAGCCUCCACAACCUGUUAUUAGCGCACAUCCCAUCCACUCUCUUGACCAUCUUCAUCAUCACCAUCAUCAUCACUAUCACCCUCCACCGCGUGGUUACCUUCAUCACCAGAUCAGCCUGAGGGCUCCUGCUACACCCUCUUCCUCUGGUCCUUAUUUAGACAGACCUUCUUCUUCAGAAUCUGUAAGGACUCAGCCGCCUGCCCCCGAGCUGCCGGCGGCCCCCAGCACAGCGGACCUGCAGCACACAGAGGUGCUGAUUAAAGAGGACGAGCCGCACUGCUAUAAACCUCCCACAGCCCACGUCCACCCCACACACCCCAUGAAGAGCUUCACCGUGCCCACUGUCACUGUGUCAACUCACAGCACACCCAGCGCUGCCCUGCCCUGCACCGUGCUCAUGCCCCCACCAGUUUCCAGUCUGAAGACGGCAUGUAUUGGCACCCUGGGCAGAGCUCGUGCCCCUGUGGCCGUCACUGUGCCCAGUGCUCCUGACCAAUCAGAAAGCAGCAAGAUGCUGCCACAGAAAGAGUCUUUCCAUUGAUACAUGUCUCCCGGUCUCCCUUUUUCCAUUUCCGUCCUCUCUACCUGCUCUCGUAUCUACCUCCAUCAUCCUUUAUCACAUGCUCCGUGUCUCUCUUUUCCUCACGCUGCAUCCUUUGCUGUGGCCAUAACUCUAACCCCAACGCUCCCCUGCAUGCCUCUCUCUAAGGCCUACAGGACAGAUGAGCUGUCAGAGGAGAUGGCACAUCUGGAGGGCUUGAUGAAAGACCUGAACGCCAUCACAACGGCCUGAAUGCAUCAACCACCAUCCACAGAGGCCAAACACAAACUCUGAGAAAAGACUCGCGGUUUUGAGAGGAACCAACCACACAUUAUUUUCUCAGCGAGGGACGAGAGGACGUGCUUCAGAUAUUUGGUUCUGCAUUUCUUUGGAUCAGCAGGUGAAAUAGAUGUUUGCAGAGGAAAGCAUUGCGGUGAGAAGUUUCACUAAUCAAAACCAAGUACUCUGAGGAAACUGGACAUUUUUAAUGUUGUCGUUUUGCAACUUCAUAUAGGUAUUUUUGUUUGUUUCUAUGUAUAUGCACACGUUAUGUAUAUACUGUUUUUGUUCUUUACAUUUUAUGUGCUCAUCCAUAGAUCCAUACAUGCCAUUUGAAAGGUGUGGUUUUAUAUGGACUCCAUUUGAAUUCUCCACAUUUCCUUACACAUGAUAGGGAACACGUGUUUGUUCAUGAGUAUGGACGUUGCCUUUGGUUUAAAAUGGCUGUGUUGUUUAAAACUACUUUGAAGAAUGAAUAUGUUCCUUGGACUACAGAGAAACGAUGCUGUGCGUUCUUUCCAAGGUGAAAUUGUAGCAUGAAACUCUAAAUAUGCAUCAUAAAUUAUAUUAAAGGAGAUUACAUACAGGAUACUGAUAUGUAUAGUAGGAUGUAAAGGCUAUUUUUGCUAAUUAAAAAAAACUCAUUGCAUCAAGUCUACAGUGCUGUAGUUUACGUGGCGGAUGGAGAAAUGACACGUUUGGACCUUGAGCUUUGGCGUCACCUUUAACACCUCCUCUGCUCAUGAUUAAGGACCAUCUGUGUGAACUGGAAGCACCACAAACUGAAUGAAGAUGUCAGUAGUUUUAUCUGACCUGAAGCAGUUCAGUGACUUUGAACUUUUAAGAAAUGCACCAAUUUUCUCCUUUCUACAUUUCCAAAAGACACUUUUUAUAUUGUGUUUGGUUUUUAUAAAAAGAAAAUACAUUGAUUUGUAAAUUAUGAUGUAUAAGGGUUUUUUCCCCUCCAACUUUCUGUUCCAUCAAUCACUCCUCCUAACGACAGAUCAUAUGAACUCUAUAAUGUCAGAUCCAUUUCCAUGUACAUUGUCUCAUACAAAUGAAUGUUAAUGUGACAGUAAGAAAUACUGCUAAUCAUUAAAGUGUUUGUAAGUGUGUUUACAAAUGUUUGGGGAUGGAUUUGCUGAACUGUUGAAAUGUUUGCUGAACCAUCAAAACUUCAUUUGCACAUUUUGUAUGGAGUUUAAAAAGGAAACGCUGAUGUCAUUUAAAAAUGAACCUAUUUUCUGUAAUAAUGGAGCCGGUUUUAUGAAUACUGUCAUUUCAUUUCAACUUGUACUAUGAGCUCAUACUGCUUAUUUUUGUUGUUGUACAAUGAUGUGACAGUCCAGUGGAAAAUAUGUUGUUACAAAAAAAUACAUUUUUGUAAUUCGUCUUAACCUUUACAAGUUGUAUUCCUUUCUCAGAACAUGACUGUGUGUAUGUGCUUGUUCUAACAACCCCACACUUAAUUUCGAUAAAGAAGAGGCAUUAAAAAGA